CGCACAAUGGCCAAAUCGGUUCUGCUCGUUGCCCUCGGCUCGCUCGCCGUCGCCAGCGGCAGCGUCGCUCCUGCGUCGCGCCCGGCGCUGCGGCUUCGGGGCGGCGACACCGCUCGCGCGCCGCUCGCCGCCGGCAAGACGGCCUCGGGCAACUCAAAGCUCGCGGUGCGCGGCGGCGGCGGUGCUGUGGGCGGCAUCGACUGGACCCUCAUGCUCUACUUCGCCGGGUGGUACGUCGGCAACUACUACUAUACGCUCAACAACAAGCUCGCGCUCAAGGCGUCCGGUGGCGCCACGGACGGCUUUCCCGUGACGAUCGGCUUCCUGCAGAUGGUGAUUGGAAGCCUGUACGCCUUGUUUGCGUGGGUUGCGCCCGACAUGCGGCCGCAGCCAAACGUGACGCCGUCGGACCUGCUGCAGAUCCUCCCGGUCGCGGCGUGCGCCGCCGGCGCCCACCUGUCAUCCAUCUUCUCGAUGAACCUCGGCGCCGUCUCCUUUGCCCAGAUCGUCAAGGCCGCUGAGCCCGCCUUUGCCGCAUUCCUGGGCGUCACUCUGUACGGCAAGUCCAUCUCCAAGGCCAAGUGGCUUUGCCUCAUCCCGGUCAUCGGCGGCGUCUGCCUCGCCUCGCUCAAGGAGCUUGAUUUCUCGGUCUGGGCCCUGCUAGCCGCGUGCGUCGCCAACCUCUUUGCCGCGUUCCGCUCCAACGAGAACAAGAAGCUGAUGGACACCGCCGGCCUGUCGGACCGGAUCGGAUCGACUGGCAACCAGUUUGCGCUCUCGACAAUCCUCGGCACACUCUCGAUCCUCCCCUUUUGGCUCCUCCUCGAGGCGAAGCGCUUCGGCACGUUCGUCGAGCUGUUCAAGUCGAGCAAGGCGCUCUCGAGCAACCUCGUCACCUCGGGGCUCUACUUCUACCUCUACAACGAGCUCUCCACCCUCACCAUCAAGAAGACCUCGGCCACCACCCAGUCCGUCGCAAACACGGCCAAGCGCGUCAUCGUCAUUGUCGGCGUCGCGCUUGCACUGGGCGAGUCUCUCGAGCCUAUCAAGAUGCUCGGCUGCGGGAUCGGCAUUGGCGGCGUGCUGCUGUACUCGCUCGUGAAGUGAGCGGCGUGCCGCUGCCACGCCCAAGCCCCCGUAGCGCCAAAAGCAGGCGUGGCUGCCGUCCGAAACCACAAACGUUGCAUGUCUUGGAGGGGGGGGUCGGGUGCAGAUGAACAAAAAAAAACCUUCGGCGGGCACGUCGCGCCGCAUGGUG